AUGAUGCCGUGCCCCGCGGAGGCCGAUGGCACCGCAAGGUCCCAUCGCCUCGCAGGCAGGCUCGUGGCCGACAUGCAGGACCCCGUGCUCAUCCUGGACCCCGCGCUCACGGGCUGCCCCAUCGUGGGGGCCAGCGCCGGCUUCUGCUCCACCACGGGGCGCGCCCUGGGGGAGCUCCUGGGCAGCGGCCUGGGCGGCCUGUCCGAGGGCGUGCCCGCCGCGUGGCUGUCCCGCUCCUCCAGGGCGAACCAGGAGAGCUUCUGCGCGGAGUGCGCGAACCCCGACCUCGCGGGGAUCGCGGAGGCCGUCGUGGUGCAGCCUCAGGCCAGGAAGGACGGCUCCGUCUUCACGGGCUUCACCCUCCUCGGGCUCUGCGUGGUACCCUCGUGUGCGGGGCUCCGCAAGUACAUCGUCGGCUCCGUCAUCGCCUGCGCGGAGGGCUGCCCGCAGCGCCUUGGGCGGGCCGCUCACGCGGAGCUGGAGGGGCGGGCUCGGGGCGUCCUUGAGGCGGCCAGGGUGCGCUUGAGCACGCUGCGCAGCCCAAACUGGUGCGACGAGGGGAGGAUAGUCGACCUCAAGGACCUCGUGCAGCCGGACUUCGGCUUCUACACGAGGAGGCUCGAGGGGCAGGCCAUCGUCGCCAACAGCGGGCGGACCGCGGCCCGCAGGGAGUGCGACGAGCUGCCCACGGGGUGCCUGAUGCUCGGAGACAGGCCCGCGCAGAGGACGCCAGAGGGCCUCGCCUUCCGGGUGCGCGUCGAGUCCACGACGAGCAAGUUCUCAGGGCUGCCCUUCGUCGGGUUCACGACGCGGAGGCCCGGCGAGGCCGGAGACCUGCCCCGGCUCUCGAAGUGCCUCGCGGAGAGCGUCGUCGUCGGCGGGAGCGGCGAGGCCUUCGCCCGCGACGCGAGCACGCACUACGUCAUGGGGUUCGGGCCGCCCCCCGCCGCCGAGGUCGAGUCCUGGCUGCUGCAGCCCGACGUGCCCGCUCACAAGCGCGAGCCGCCGGCGGUGGCCCGCGUGGGCGACGAGAUCGAGUGCAGGUACACGUGGGACGGGCGCCUUCAGUUCUUCGUCAACGACACCGUGGUGAUGGACUUUGACACCGGGAGGCCGCUGGCGGAGGAUGCCCAGUACUACGCCGUGGUGGACGUCUGCUUCUCGACGACCCGCCUCACGCUGAUUCCGAGGUCGAUGUCGAAGGAUUGGGGCGGCAGAUGUACGCCAGGAUGCGAUCCGCUCAUGUGA